AAAAAAAAAAUCCAAUCUUUCUCUAGUGCAUUUUCAUUUGAUUGAAUGUACGUAGAAUUUAACUACAGAUUCAAGCAUUCAAUUGAUUUGAGGGAAUGGGUUUUUGUUUGUUGGAUUGAUUCAUCAGGAUUGGAAUUAUGGCUUGUGUUCUUCCAUAUUGAAACAUCGAAAUCAAUAUACAAGUAAUGGAGCCUGAACCUGUAUCGAAAACUAGUAUUGAACCACCACCAUCGCCGCCGCCGCAGCCACCAACACCACCAUCGCCGCCCCCGCAGCCACCACCACCCAGUUUGUCGACACAAUCGGAGGCCGCGGCAAAGGCUCCGGUUAGCGAAGGCCGCCGAAAUUUGUCAUUUUCGUGGUCAUCCACAUCUUCGACCACUUCAUCUUUUAAUUCAUUGGUAGACUCUUUUAAAAAGGAGGACAUCAAUAUUCAUGAUGAACCCCAACCCCAACAACAACAACAACAACCACAACCCACGACGCCGCGGAAACUGUCGUUGGGUGGUGCGUCGUCGUCGUCAUCAUUGUCGGGUCGUUUUGGUAUCUACGAUCCUAAUAGAAUCCCAUCCGCAAUCUUUGCUAAACCUAGCAAUCAAGCGGAUUGGAGCGUUGCAUCGAACGAAUCUUUGUUUAGCAUAGCGGGAAAUAACAGUUUUUCACUGGGGGAUUUCACGUUGCCUAAUUAUGAACCAAUCAAUAACAAUCCUCAGGCAGCGACGGCGCCGGAGGCGGCGCCUGAAACCAUGGAGAGUAAUAACCCGUUUGGUCUACCCGUUACAGCCGAAGAAGAAUUUGAAGUGGAAGAAUUCGGAAGAAAAAGCUCUUCCAUUUGGGAGGAUUUCCAUGAAAUUAAUGUACCCCCACCCUCACCACCACUACCAGCAGCAAUAACUCAACCGCCGGAGAUUAUGAUGACGGAAAAGGAGGAAACUCCGCCCCCCACCGUCGUCCCUGAUAGAAUUCUGUUUCCAGAGAGUUGUUCCAAUAACUCCCAUCACCAACAGAGUUAUUCUGUCGGAUCUUCUCGUAUGUCUCAAGAAAGCGGCAAUAGUUGCAAUUCCUUUGCCUUUCCAUUGUUGACGAGUGAAGGUUCAACAAACGAUCAUUUAUCACAACCUCCCCCUGUAAGCAUGGGAACCGAGAACGAGAGGUUGCCCCCGCCGCAGCCUUCACCCAAGCGGGAAAGCGUUGAAAAUGCAAAUUCGGGACCACAAACCACCACGAAAUGGGAUAGCAAUGAAGAUCUGUCGCAGCCGGAGAAAAAUUCUUCAUGGUUUUCGUAUUUUUGUUGUUGCUCAAUGAACUGUGAUUGUUGUGGUCGGGCCAAUUGUUUGUCCAAAGGACACAACCACAACCACACAAACGAUAAUCUAGAUACGUAGAAAACAUUUGUAUUUUUAGUGUCGUGGUUCGAAUUGGGGUAAAAUGUUGUAUA